AUGGAGUGCAUGAGGCCGACGACGGCUUGCUUGCUCAAGACCCGCACGCGGAGUCCGCUCUCGCCCGCCCAACUCGAGAAGAAUCGGCAGCGCGCCCGCAAGUACUACAUCCGGCACAAGGCGGUAGUGCUUGCAAAGCUCAAGACCCGGUACCUCCAGAAGCGCGAGAGCAUCCAGGCCAAGCGACGAGCGCUCUACCAGCGAAAAAUCGCUAGCAGCCGUCGACCGGUGGCCGUCAAGGCGUCGCCAGUUCCAGUGCCCGUGAACCGCCUCGCCCUGCACUAUAUACUUAAUUAA